ACUGUAACCACGGCCGGAGGGGAGGAGGUUUCCGCUGUUUUUCUGUGCCAUGGGGAGAGGAGAGCACUGGCAGCAGAAUCAUGUCUGCCUCCGACUCGAGUGCUACAGGACUGAUCAACAAGGGUUCAGCCGAUUCCUACGCUAGUCGACCCUCUGAUUCCGACCUGUCCCUGGAGGAAGACCAGGAGGCGUCUCGGCGUGAAGCCGAGCGCCAGGCUCAGCUUCAGCUGGAAAGAGCCAAGUCCAAGCCGGUAGCAUUUGCAGUGAAAACCAAUGUGAGUUACUGUGGGGCCCUUGAUGAAGAUUGUCCAGUCCAAGGUGCUGCUAUCAACUUUGAAACCAAAGACUUUCUGCACAUAAAAGAGAAAUAUAACAAUGACUGGUGGAUUGGUCGGCUAGUGAAAGAAGGGGCAGACAUUACAUUCAUCCCGAGCCCAGUGAAGCUGGAGGCCAUGAGGAUAAAACAAGAACAAAAAGCAGCUGCCAGGAAAGGAGGGAACGCAUCAUCGGGAGGCUGGAGGUCCACCCCUCCAUCUGCAGCCAAACAGAAGCAGAAACAGACAGAACAUGUUCCUCCCUAUGACGUGGUUCCCUCCAUGAGGCCCGUGGUGCUGGUGGGCCCUUCACUGAAAGGCUAUGAAGUGACUGACAUGAUGCAGAAAGCCUUGUUUGACUUCCUAAAGCACAGAUUUGUCGACAGGAUCACUAUUACACGGGUGACUGCUGAUCUGUCCCUGGCAAAGCGCUCGGUGCUGAACAAGAAGGCCAUAAUGGAGAGAUCCAACACUCGCUCUAGUCUGGCUGAAGUCCAGAGUGAGAUAGAGAGGAUCUUUGAGUUGGCAAAGUCUCUUCAGCUGGUCGUCCUGGAUGCAGAUACCAUCAACCAUCCAGCCCAGCUCCUCAAAACAUCUCUGGCUCCCAUCAUCGUCUAUGUUAAAGUUUCAUCACCCAAAGUUCUUCAGAGGCUGAUAAAGUCUCGAGGGAAGUCCCAAAGCAAGCACCUCAAUGUCCAGAUGAUGGCCGGGGACAAACUGGCUCAGUGUCCUCCUGAGAUGUUUGACGUAAUCCUGGAUGAGAAUCAGCUGGAAGAAGCCUGCGACCACCUCGCGGAGUACCUGGAAAUUUACUGGCGAGCUACACAUCUCCCUUGUUCUGCCCCAGUUAAUCCCUUACAGGACCAAAAUAUGGUCACACCACCUUCAGCCAACUCCAGCCAGCAGUUUUCAGAGACUCAAGAGUUGAUAGAAUGAUUCCAGCCUCAGAUGCAGGAGCAGCCUGUGCUGUCGGCUGGGGUCAGAACAGUCAGGACACGGAGAACAGGGACCACCAGGGGGCAGCAGCGUUCCUCCUCUCAUCAAAGCCAGCCAUCACCUUCUCCACAUGUGGAGCAGAGAGAAGAGCUGGGUCCAUGCAAAGGGUGAAGGAGCAGAAGUGUGGUGAGCUGGGAUAGGAGGAGAAAUUUUCCACAUAGGGAGGAAGAUGCACCCACCUGCAGCCUCACUGCUGCCCCAGGGGCCAGACAUCCCUGCUCCCGACGUCAUCUGAUAACUCAGGGCCGCUGUCUGCCGCUGCACAAGCACCGGUUUACAGAAACCGGAGAAACAGCGCAGUCACUCUUCACCUCCUUACCACCAAACCUCCCAUGUCAUACUUUCUCCAAUCCAGACGGGUAGAAAGAAAAAAAAAAAAAGAUUCCUAAUAUCCAUGAAAGAUGAGCCAGCCCAUGAGUGUCUGUAGCUGUCUGAAGCACACAAAGGCUGAUUCAUUUCUCACAGGAGAUGCAUCACACAUCUAAGGGGCUGAGGUAUGUUAGUCCACGAUACCACUGGCACAGAAAAGCUGUUAGCACAUCACCAGGUUUCCAGUGCAGGGCUCUUAAGGUUUAAUAUCUGAUUCACCUUGCUUCCUUGCGGGUGCAAGAAGUGACAGAAAAUCUAUUAUGUAUGUCUUCCAUGUUUGUAGCUUUAAGUGAGCUGCCAUUUUAAAUGUUUAACUGAAAUGCUUUCUUAAAAGUACGUUGGCUCCUGUCAGAGUCAUUGCAGUAUCACUUUUGCAUGGAGACACAUGGGAAAAAUAACGAUUUUGUCCUCCUUUAUCCUCUUACUUUCCACUCCUGAUUUAUCCAGUAUUCUUCUUUCUGUCUGCUCUUGUACUAAAAUAGUUUAUACAACUAUCUGUUGCUCAUAUAUUGGCUCUCAGUGUACCAAAUGCAUAUCUCUACAUGUAGCUUUUAUGAAAAUAACAUAUAACAAACACUGAUAGCACACAUUUUCUACGUCUUUGCCACUGCUGGCGAAUGUGAGUUAAAUCUGGCGUGUUGGUCGAGGAAAGAUAAAAUGUGCAGACAGUUGAAGUCAAGCCCUAUGAUUGCAAUUUUUUUUCUUAAACUAAUAAAACCAGAUGGAAAUUGGUCAAAUUUAGUUUUAAGUCUAAAAUAAAUGUAUCCACUGAUCUUAGUCACAUAUUAAAUGGUCUUACGAUGCGUGGGAAGCUGUAGCCAGUCGUGGUUCUGGACUGGCUACAGUCCAGAACCACGGACUGGACUGUCCGUGGUUCUGGACUACUCAAUCUCCCAGAGAUUGAGUAGCUCAAUCUCUGGGAGAUUGAGCUACUCUGGCUCAAUCUCCCAGAGUAGCGUCUGUCAUUUCUGAUUUCCACUAGCUGAAGCCCAACAUGUUACCAACACAUUUAUUCAUAUUUAUUAAGGAUUUUAUGUAAUUUUAUUCACAGAAUUAUAUUGUUAAGUUAUUGAUUAAGUUUGUGAAUAUCUUAUAUUUUGGCAUGAAUUAAACCUAUGACACAAGUCCAAAAGAGAGAUACACAGAAUCAAAUUCUUGCAAAUUUAACCACUACUCAUGAAAAUGUAAUUUGUUGCUGAAUGCAUUAAUUAAAUAGGAAUAAAAUCAAAUCUGAAUGUGACAAGACAUUUAUAGGAUUUAGGACUGAACAGUGAAGAUCUGCAAAUAAAACAGUCGUCCGUGACGAUUAGAAAGUCGAUAUUUUCAGGCAGGAUGUUUUUGUCCCUGAUACCAAUCUGAGUCUUUGAGGAAGAACCUCUAGCCGAUACCUACUGAGCUCCAAACUUUGUUCAUGUCUUCAUUUUUUUAGUUGACAGCAACAGACAAUUUGUCCCAACUUGUGUGUUUUUAGUUCAGCUUUGCACUUUUGAAGACUUAAAACACACAGCCACAGUCUUCAUCGAACUCAUUCUGCUGCUGCUGAUGAUAUUUUUAUGCACACCAAUUGCAUUGAAGACCAUUGCUGUCGUCCUCACUGCUUGUUUCAGCCUCUGAGCCACAUCACUAAGCAUUUUGGCUCAUGGGUCAUCAAAGUCGUUCUAUGGCUCAGACAUAUGAAGCAAAACUGCUUACAACACAGACAAGAAAUCCAAGGCAUUGCGAUCUCCUUUUCAAAAUUAAUGUAAGACAAAGUUUAAGGGGCAUUAAACUCCCCUUAAACUCCCCUACAUUGUUUGUUUUUACUUAAACUCUGUUCCUCCUCUUAAAUAUUGUGAGAACAUUUAACUACGGCUUCGGACAUUUAAAAAAAAUCUCCAAGAUUUUAUCGUACCUUAAUCUUCAAUCAUUUUUAAAUUAAACUCUAAAAGAAAUAACACUUUAAUACUCACCCACUGGGCACUUGUAUGUUAACAAAAAAUAAAUAAUCUUGAAAUAUCAUUAAUUAUCCUGUUAUUCAAGCGAGUCCAAUAACUGUGACUGAAAAACAGCAAACUCUAAACUCACCCAAUGACUGCUUACUUUUGUACACGUGAGAUUUUAAAGUUCCUGAAGGGAUACUUUUGUUCAUUUUUGACAUGUUUAUGUAAAAUAAGCAUGGCAGAUCUUAAACAGGUGACUACUGAGGAUGUUUAGCUGUAUUGCAAGCCAUGCAGUGGUACAGUCUGCCUCCAAUUUGCCUCAUUUGUUUGUUUGCCACCUUACGGUUCUUAACUUCCAUCUCAAUACAACUGCUUCGAAAUAAUUAGGAAACAAUGUCCAUCUAAACUCAUGUAAAUAACCUAUUGUAUGUGCAUGGCAUAUUGUGCUCCUGUUGCAUCAGAAGGGCUGCAAGGAUCAUCCUCACAUGAGCAAAUCAACAUAACCUACAUAACCACUUACAUAUGCAUUAAAAAAGAUAAGCUGUAAAUACUGUAAAUGAUUAGUAUUAAAUUCCAUGCAAACGUUGCUAACUCUGACCAACAAAAAGUAUUUUGUUCUUUGUUUUGUGUUGUUUUGUUUUGUUUUUCACAGUACACGGCUCAGUAAGCAUGUGUUUAUUUGUGAUAUCCUCUGUUUUUAAGAUGAUGCACUUUUUAUCCAGGACCAGAGGCGUCUUCCACUGGGACUGGCAAACACUUCUAAUAGAUCAGGUUGGAAAUUAAUACCUUCCACCUGACAAAACACCAAGAGCACAGGACCUUCUUAGGAUAAAACCUUAGAUUAACAAGAUCCUUGUUUUUUUUUUUUUUUAGUUGUAUUGCAAAACAAUUCUAUUGUAACUAAACUAAUUUUUUUUCCCAUAUCCAAAGCACAAUGUUUGUACUAUUAUUUAUUUCACUUACCUUAAUUCUGGAUGCAAUAUAAAGUUUGGUAUUGAUCAGAUACAAGCUGAGACUAUCAAGAUAUCUCCUCGGUUGGGGUGGGGUAUAAUUGCACUACUAUUGUUUAUAUGGAUGCUUUCUUUUUCUCUCCUUUUUUUUUUUUUUUGAUGCAAUAAAUGCACUCAAUGUCUGCCGUAUGUACCUCCAGCUGUGAUCCCAACAACGCUGCUGGAUUCAGACAACAGGACUAAAGCCGUCCGACAUCGUCUGACGAUGAAAUGUGCUUGGUGUGUAUCUGUAAACGCCACACGAGAACGAGGGGGCAAAUAAAAAUGUUGCA